AUGAAGACCAAGGAGCUCUUCAUCAGGGACAAAGCCAGGACUAUAGCACCAGGGCUGAGGGAAGGAAGGCUCACCCUGACAGGCCAGGACUAUAGCCCAGGGCAGAGGGAAGGAAGGCUCACCCUGACAGGCCAGGACUAUAGCCCAGGGCUGAGGGAAGGAAGGCUCACCCUGUCAGGCCAGGACUAUAGCCCAGGGCUGAGGGAAGGAAGGCUCACCCUGUCAGGCCAGGACUAUAGCCCAGGGCUGAGGGAAGGAAGGCUCACCCUGUCAGGCCAGGUAUAUAGCCCAGGGCUGAGGGAAGGAAGGCUCACCCUGUCAGGCCAGGACUAUAGCCCAGGGCUGAGGGAAGGAAGGCUCACCCUGACAGGCCAGGACUAUAGCCCCAGGGCUGAGGGAAGGCUCACCCUGACAGGCCAGGACUAUAGCCCAGGGCUGAGGGAAGGAAGGCUCACCCUGACAGGCCAGGACUAUAGCCCCAGGGCUGAGGGAAGGCUCACCCUGACAGGCCAGGACUAUAGCCCAGGGCUGAGGGAAGGAAGGCUCACCCUGACAGGCCAGGACUAUAGCCCAGGGCUGAGGGAAGGAAGGCUCACCCUGUCAGGCCAGUCACCCUGGGAUCCAGUCACCCAGGGACCCAGUCACCCAGGGACCCAGUCACCCUGGGAUCCAGUCACCCUGGGAUCCAGUCACCCUGUGAUUCCUCACCCAGGGAUCCACUCACCCUGGGAUCCAGUCACCCAGGGACCCAGUCACCCAGGGACCCAGUCACCCUGGGAUCCAGUCACCCUGGGAUUCCUCACCCUGGGAUCCACUCACCCUGGGAUCCAUCCAAGUCCUCUGGCUCCUAGCACCAGUCCUCUGGCUCCUAGCACCAGUCCUCUGGCUCCUAGCACCAGUCCUCUGGCUCCUAGCACCAGUCCUCUGGCUCCUAGCACCAGUUCUCUGGCUCCUAGCACCAGUCCUCUGGCUCCUAGCACCAGUCCUCUGGCUCCUAGCACCAGUCCUCUGGCUCCUAGCACCAGGUCUCUGGCUCCUAGCACCAGUCCUCUGGCUCCUAGCACCAGUCCUCUGGCUCCUAGCACCAGUCCUCUGGCUCCUAGCACCAGUCCUCUGGCUCCUAGCACCAGUCCUCUGGCUCCUAGCACCAGUCCUCUGGCUCCUAGCACCAGUCCUCUGGCUCCUAGCACCAGUCCUCUGGCUCCUAGCACCAGUCCUCUGGCUCCUAACACCAGUCGAGGAAUGGCGGGAUGA